UCUAUGUGUGGACGCCAUCAGCAACAUGACGGUGUCUUCAGAUAUGAAAUUUAUAGGGUUUAUGUUUUUUUCUUUUUGUAAUAUGCUGCUGAAUUGUAUCUGUAUCCUCGUCGUCUGUACAGAUGGAUGUGUUUCAGACAGAAAUCUCGAAUAGAGGCUAUUGUUUCUCCAAAAACCCAAAUAAUGACAUACAAGUCCACGUUAACGUUAGCGAUUUGUGUUUUUUAGGUAACUGUAAACGCAGAGUAACCGUUCGUUAACUGACUUGGACGAACCAUAACCUUCUGUUGUGGAGGCAUAAAAUUAUUUCACAUUUGUCUGUGCUGGAGGCAACAGUUUUCUUGUCCAGUUUCUACUUGUGGACAAAGACCACACAGAGUUUGCCUUGACCAGCUCCUUAUGUCUGAAGACUCGAUCAGCGAUGAUGAUUGGUGUGUAUCCACAAAGAGGAAAUGUUGGGAAUGUGGCAAAAAAUACAGCAGCAUAACAAGCUUGAUGUCACACUACAAAAGCCACAAUAUCAAAGCCACCUGCCACAUCUGCAAGGUCACUUUCCGGCGCCUGACGUCACUCUCCACGCACCUGGAUAAUGCACACUCGCCACCCCUCUGCAAGAAGUGCCAUCAGUCUUUCAGUAAUGUAUGGGAGUUGAACAAGCAUGCAGAGACACAUUGCAUGGGCUCAGCUCCAUUUCAAGAAGCUCCCUCUUUGAUUUCAGCAGUCAUACAACAGAGUAAGAACAGUGACAACUUUUCUAAUGAGACUGCACAUCAAGGCACAAACUCAGCGCUGUGUGGCUUAGUGUCAGAGUUGAAACCUCAGCAAAGAAUUGAGAUGAAGCCUGAGAGACCUAAGACGCCUGAAAACAGCGUGGAGUAUAUAGUAGGUGAAGAUGACAAAGAUAAUGAUAUAGAAAGUGAGAAAGCAGAUGAAUCUACAAGCUCGGAUUCUGACGAUGAUGAUAAGACAUGCUUGAAAUCUGCAGACUUGUGUCAGAAUGAUCCAGAAUCAGAUGGUGGCUCGAACUCAAGUUCAACCGAUUGUUCCAGUGACUCUUCUAAUAGUCCGCACUCUAAAAACACCCCGGCAGUCCUUCCUAGUGUUAAUAGCUCAAUAUGUGCUUCGUGUGGUAGAGGGCCAUUUAGGUCUAUGAAGCUCCAUCUGUUGCACUGUAGUGGUAUAAGGGUGAAAUAUCAGUGUUCACUGUGCAAAGAGCUCUUUCUAACUGAGACGUCUCUUAAUGAACACUACAUGCCCUUGUAUUCCUGUGACGUCUGUGGCCAAGUUUUCUCUCAUGAGAACUCGUACCAUCACCACCAGUGUCCCAAAGGAAGCAAACCACCUUUGGUCCUCUUUUGCUCCGAGUCAAUGCCGCAAGCAUGCAAUAUAUGCAAAUCCUUCUUCACCUCUGAGAAAACUUUGUUCAACCAUGUCACCAGAGUUCACACAUCGGUGGUCAGCACCAAGGUAUGCAUCAUUACCAAUCCAGCAGUGUUAACUGAUAAAAAGGUUUCGCCAGGUCUCCCUGGCACAGCAGCCCAGUCAGCCAUUGGGACUCCCAAUGUAUUCAAUCAGGUCAUUAAUGGAAAGCUCCGAAUUGGCCAAACCUAUGCAGGAUCACUGUCCACUGUUGCGAAAUCCUCCUCCCAUCCAGACAGACCUGCCCCAAUAUGCUUGGCAUCGGCUGCUGCACCUGUUGAAUCGUGGAAAGACGGUGUCCCAGGUCAGCCAGCCAACCAGGCUUUAAGCUGCCUUUCUGCACCUUUAGUUGUCCCUGCCCCCAGUGCCACUGACACAACUCCAGCCGCUGCGGCCUCUGACCCUGCCUCUCCGCAAAUGCCCACUAUUAUGGCGAUGUUCGAGAAUGACAGCCAGGAUGUGGCUUUGAUGAAACGCAUGAACACAGGCUGGCGCUCCAAGGCACCUUACCCUUGCAGGCAGUGUGGUGCCAUCUUGAGGCAGCCCUCCCUCAUCAUCAGCCACCGCUACCUCCACCGAGGCCGCCGCUCACACCAGUGCCAGUGCGGCCGAGCUUUUAAGCACCGGCUGCACCUCCUGCGACAUUGUGUUCAGCAUGCAGAGACAGUAAGCUACAUCUGUGUCAGCUGUGGGGAGACUUUCACAGGAGCAAAACUCAUCGCUGAGCACAUGAAGGGCAAUUCACAGAAAAAAUCCAAUUCUGGACAUAAAUGGAAACGUAAAGUUAAGAAAAAGUGCAGAAUGCCAUUCACAUGUGACUGUGGACAAUUAUUCUUUAGACCUUCGGCAUACAUAUGGCACCAACUUCAAAACAGGGCAAAAACAAAAAGAUUGAGGAAGCCCUUGAAAUGACAACGCACUUACAUAACUCUGGUUUAUCUGUGGUUUGUGCACCGCACUUCAAAACAAGGUGUUAAAUCUAAAGGGAUCUUUCGUCAGAUGUCAUUGGAUUGUCACCACUUUAAUUUGUGUAUUAUCAAGAUACAAUCAAAGCAAAAUCACAUACAUGUUUGUUCUUAAUGGCUUUUAAUUAUAAGCAUGUCCUGGAUGGUAACAUGUUUUCACCAUGUGCAAAUGAUACAUAGUAAACAGGGUUAGAACAAGUUCCUCAGAAGUUCUUUUGACAGCAAACCAGAGUUCAAAUGAACCCACAAUGAACUUUUUUCAAUAUUGGAUUAAGUUAAAACACAUCAAUACUCCAGUUUAUCCUCCAGAGAAAGAGUUAAUCCAGUUAUGGUAAUUUUUCUCACAAAGUGCAUUCUUAACAGUGAGAUUUGUAUGGGAGUUUUUGAGUCCUCUUGUCUUCUGUUUUUCAGAUUUGUUUUAACUACAGCUGAUCUAAAUGUUAUGUUCCAUUGAGACCUUGUUGAGGUCUUGGUAUUUUGGUCAAAAAUAGCAUGACUUUUUUUGUGGUUAUAUAAUCUUCAAAAUUUUAACAUUAAGGGUCCUCAAUAUUAUGUAGUUUACUUAAUUCAUUUCCACUAGAGGGGGCUGUUGUGUUACUAAGAGGGGAGUUUACAUGGCAGCUUACGCUCAAGUUUCAUUGUUAUCAGAACAGGUGUAAACUGAUGAUUACAACCUUCAAUGUAGACAUUAAUCUGACUUUCAUUUGACAUCCCUUAAAAUCCCAAGGAUUUAAACUUUGAAUAAAGAAUUUCUUCUCACAAUACUUGAACUGAAGUUUAGUUUCUUCUCUUGGUUGAGCAUUAAAAUGCAUCAUU